AUCUGAUAUUUGUAAUAUACGCAUGUGGGUAAGAGUAAAUAAAGUACGAGUCAGUCUCAGCCCGAACUUGGUGUUUGAUUUACAUCUUUAACAUGGCGCAGUCGAAAUAAAAGAACCUAAAUAGAAAAGUGUUUAAAGUAAUUGUGUUUUACGGUUUACGUAGUUAACUUUACGUAUACGUGCUGUAGAAGAUAGGUACGAUUUGGUGACAAUUUGUGAAAAUACAUACUUGUGUGAACUUUCAUUAUGGACUCGAUUUUGCCACCGCCGCCGCCAUUUUCGUUCGUCAAUAGUUUAGAAAAUGUUACUACGGGAAAUUUGUCAAAAGAGUGGGAAAAAUGGAAGAACGCAUUUCUCAUUUAUUAUGAAGCGUGUGAGCUGACGAAGAAAGACAAGAAAGUGCAAUUAAGCAUCCUUUUACAUGUCAUCGGCGAGCAGUGCCGAGAAGUGUACGAGCAAUUUGAUAAAUCAACAAUAACGACAUCAACGGAAUUAUUGGCUAAGUUUGACUCAUUUUUCCUGCCUAAAAAGAAUCUAACUAUUGAACGGCACAGAUUUUUUACUCGCGAUCAAAAGGAAGGCGAGUCUAUCGAACAAUACUCGUUCGAGUUAAAAAAAUUGGCAAGUUCGUGUGAAUUUAAAGACCUAAUGGAGACUUUAAUUCGGGACAGACUUAUUUGUGGAAUAAAGGACCAAGCGAUUCGAGAAAGACUACUACGGGAACCAGAUUUAACUUUGAAAAAAUCAUUAGAUAUUUGUAAUGUUGCGCAAAUUUCGAAGGUACAAGCCGGAGCCAUAAAAAAAGAAUCUGUGGAGCAUCACGCCUAUGCGGUACAACGAGAUUAUUUUGGGCAUCACGGAGUAGUGCGGGAAACGGCUUGUGAAGACAAUAGUGAUAUUAGUGAUGUAAAUCGGGUAAUGUGGGUAUCUCGGCGAGGAGCGUCCGCGCAUCGAGGAGCAACGCGCGCGUGGCCCCGCGGUAGCAGGCAGCUAUCGCGUCCUCGUGCGCCCCCCGCUCACCCGCCCGCGCCCGCGCCAGUGCAGCGCUGGGGUCCACCGAUGCAACGAAAUCAGCUGACGCACAAACAUGGUCGUGGUAGUGAGCGUAGUGCAUGGUGUUCAAUGUGUGGGUAUGAACAUGGGAACUCUAGAUGUCCUGCUGCAGGAAAGAGGUGUUUGAACUGCAACAGAUUUGAUCACUUUUCCCGGAUGUGCACAGUUUACGAGAUUCAAGCGGAUGACUCAACCGAUCAGGUACGAGUAAUAUAUUAUCUUUCUGAUUCUCAAAAUGAUUGGUCUGUCGAUUUGACGAUUAAUGAUAGUAAGUUGAAGUUUAAAUUGGACACUGGGGCCGACGUGAACAUCAUCCCGCGUACCUGUUUGCGAGAUUUAGGCAUAGCUGAGCGAGAGUUAGGAAUGUCUUUAGUCCGAUUAAAGGGUUAUUCUGGUACGGGCAUAAAAAUUGUAGGUCAGUGUCAUUUAAAGGUGCAGCAUAAAGAUCGUAGCUAUAUUGUAGAUUUUAUAAUAGCCGAUGUAGAUUCGCCACCUGUUUUAGGCAUUUUAAUAAGAAACCGACGUCACCUAAUAUGCGAUUCUGAUAAUCGUUCGGAUUCCGAAUCUGAAAGCCCUGUGUGCCUCCUGCCUUAUGACGACUUAGACAUUCCAACUGAUAACGCCGCGAUGACGUCACCCUCGAAUGCUUCACUUAUGCAGCGGUCGGACAACUGCACUGCAAGCGAUUCUCGCCCGGCCCCAGCGUCUAAUGAUAAUAAUGCAAACAAUAAUCUGUAUAUUACUCGUUCCGGCAGGACGGUCAUUCCACCUGAUCGAUGGGGCUACUAAACGUGCUGAGUGAUGACACAUCAAGUCGUG